AUGGAGCAAGUGGGAAAGAUCAUCUUUUACCAAGACCAGAACUUCCAGGGUGACUAUUACGAGUGCAGCAGUGACUGUCCCGAGCUGAGUAGUCACUUGAGUCGCUGCGGCUCUGUGCGUGUCAAGAGCGGGGCCUGGGUUCUGUUCGAGAGGCCCAACUACUUGGGCGGCCAGUACGUCCUCACUAGUGGCGAGUACCCAGACUACCAACACUGGAAGGGCAGCACUGACAGCGUCCGCUCAUGCCACGCUAUCCCCAAUUUUUCUGGCACAUUCCGAAUCCGCGUUUACGAGAAGCCUGAUUUCAGUGGUCAAAUGCUGGAGUGCACGCAAGAUGUCAAUCAGCUAUCAGAUGUUUGGUCUCCUGGGGCCAUUCACUCUGCCCAAGUACAGGAUGGCGCCUGGAUCUUCUACGAGCUUCCAGACUAUCGCGGACGGCAGUACCUGUUGGAGAGGGGCCAGUACCGCCGCUUUGGUGAGUGGGCCGCCAUGGAGCCCACGGUGGGAUCUCUUCGGCGUGUCCGUGACAUUUAG